AUGGAGUUCAACUUCCGAUUGUUGCCUGUGGCAAAGAGUCAAUUGCUUUUCGACAAGGCCAUUCAUGGUGGUGAAGGGUUGGCUAAUCUCACCAAAGUGGUCUAUCUUGGGAUGAGGGGUACUUUCUCCAAUGGCACCAUUCUCUUACAUAUUUAUCAGUUGAGAAACCUUAGUUAUCAUAGCUUAACUGGUAACUCUCUUGCUGGUCCUUUGAGUCCUGAAAUUGGAAACCUGAGAAAUCUUGUCGCCUUAGGUUUGGGAGGAAAUUCAUUUGGUGGGAACAUCCCUGAGGAGAUUGGAAACCUCACCAAGUUGCGAUACCUCAACCUUCGCGACAGUGGCUUCUCUGGAGGAAUCACAUUGUCACUUUUCAGUUUGACACAGCUUCAGUACCUGGAUCUAGGCCAUAAUCAAUUGUCACCACAGAUUCCAAAUUAUAUUGGGCACUUGUCUAGUUUAUCAACUUUGUAUUUGAGUGAGAACAAGUUCACUGGUCGAAUUCCACCUUCAUUGUCCAACUUGACCCAACUUCAAGUCCUGGAUUUGAGUUAUAAUCAGUUGACACUACAAAUUCCAACAGAUAUCGGGUGCUUGUCUAAUCUUUUAACUUUGGAUUUCAUGAAGAACAAGUUAACCGGUGGAAUCCCGUCAUCAAUUUCCAACUUUACACAACUUCAAACAUUGUUCCUAGGUGACAAUCAACUGUCACUUCAAAUUCCAAAAGACAUCUUGUACUUGGAAAAUAUGUAUGGGUUGGAUUUAACUAACAACAGGUUCACUGGUGCAAUUCCUUUGGCCAUGCAGAACCCAACUACAUUGGAAUUUAUUGAUCUAGAAGACAACAUGCUCACUGGAGAAAUACCAUCUUGGCUAUUCGAUAUUGAGACACUCCAGGAGUUGUUAUUUGGAGGGAAUCAAUUGACUUGGAAUCAGAACAACUCAGCAAUAUUACCCCAGUGCAAGGGAAGUGCUGCGGUGGAUUUGAUCCCAGAAAGGUCUCUCCCUCCUGGAUUUGAGCAUGAAUAA